AUGAUAAACGUGUCUGGCCACAAUGCCAACUCCCUCAUCGAGCUGGAGGGUCUGUUGAGCAUGGAUGGGACGCCACACGAGCGAGUCCCCGUCGACGAUUAUUUCAGCCAUUAUUUGGAGGGUCUGUCGUCUCUAGCAGCACAGAAGGCCGUCCCUGCAAACACAGGCCGCUCUGACAGUGCAUGCCUGUCCAACUCCUGCACCCCUCCGGUGUCCGGCUCAGAGGCUCCGGCGUGCAGCAUGAUGAUUGCAGCAGGCAGCUUGCCUUCCUCGGUGCAGAUGCAGCCCAUGCCACCGCAGGUGGCCACGGCAGCGGGCGGGGCCGCCCCCUGGGCGCUGCCGCUUAUGCCGGGCAUGAUGAUGAUGCAGCCAGGCGGCCCCACGGUGGCAGCCAUGCCCCUUAUCCCUCUGCUUGGAGGCAUGCCCAUGAUGGCAGUUGGCAAGCAGCAGCAGCCGGCAGCCGGCAAGAAUGGCAUCAGUGGCCGCCAGCACCAACGCCAGGCCACUAAUCGCGAGGCACAGAAGCGCUACCGCGAGCGGCAGAAGGCGCGGCUGCUGGAGAUGCAGGUUGCCAUCGACUCGCUGACGCGCCAGCUGGCGCAGCACCAGAAAGUGCAGAGCCAGAACCUGAAGCUGGAGGAGCAGCACUACCGUCUGCAGGCACAGCUGGCAAGGAUUGAGAAUGAGGCGGAGGCUCUGCAGUGGCAGCGGCAGCAGCAGCAGCAUGAAGCGCGGCAGUUGUGCCGCAAUGGCCGCUGCAGGGCCGCCAGCCCAGAGGCAGCAGUGGCUGUUGAUGAGUCGAGCCGAGAGGGGCGGCAGCAGGCGGAAGGCGCUCCGCAGCAGCCAGCAGAGCAGGCAAGGCAGGAUUCCUCGGUGGCCGGCUCAGCCGUGGGGGAGCGGCACGACUCUGCCGGCAGCCUGCCCACAGACAGUGACGCUGUGUUUGGCAGCGCCGAGGCAGCGGCGGCCACAGCUGGCCAGCACAACGGUAGCGCCACCGAGCAGCUGGCGGCAGCAGCGGCAGCCGCAGCAGCUGAGGCUUUGGGGGAACCGACGGUGGGCAUGUAUGGGGAGCCGCCGCCUCACGAGGCGUUUGAUGACCUGCUUGCUCGCUUCCAGGCGCAGGUGAACAAAGUGAAAGACUUUCUGGCCGAGCAGCGGCUUUGCAACCACAACCCCUCUGCGCUGGUGCUCAGCACGGCCACGCGCGGCCAGCUGUUUGCACUGAUGCAGGAGAGCCUGGGCAUCUGCCGCGACCUGCUGCGUGUGGAGGGCGUGGAGGUGAUCAACAUGCUGGUCGCCAACGAGGAGACGAUGGGCGUGGCAGCAGAGCCGGGCAGCCAUGUACGCCGCAAGUGGCUGCACGUCAUCCAGGUACUGCAGCUGACCCCCGAACAAAAGCAGCAGUUGAUGCUGCAGCGCAGUGCGCACCUGGCCCUCAUGCGCCGCAUCUAUCAGCAGCGCCAGCAGCUCAACAUGCAGGCCAUGUCCCUCAUGCUGCUGGGCCCCAGCAGCAUGAUGCCCAGCAGCGACAGCGCCGCAGCCGGCACCGGCAACGCAGUGGUCCGCGCAGCCAGCAGCGCGCAGGCUGCCAAGCUGGCCGGCGUUCUGAACCUUGUCAAGGAGAACCUGAGGCGGGAGCAGCGUGCGGCAAUGGAAAUCAACUCGUGGUGA